CGGGCUUAAAACCUCAACUCAGCUGGACUACACUGCUACCAUUUCAAAACCUCCGCCGCCGUUUCUUCUGUUGCUAACUGAUAGGCGCCGUUGGAUUCCCUUCCCCCGCCUUAGCGAUUAUCCCGGCCAGUCUAUGCGCCAUCGUCUCUAAUCGCAUUUCUGAUCUCGGCGUUGGAUCGUGUCUCCUGGUCUGACUUCGUCUGUCGGCCGUCAGUCCUUCACUGCCUUACUGGUUCAGCCCCGAAGAUCCAGAGUUCAGAUAGCAUUUUGAAGUUGAGGACUUGAGGUUUCUAAAUUUGUUUCUGUUUUCUGUUCUCCGGUUUUCUGUUUGCAUUUUUCAAAUCUGAACACAUUCUGGAAGCAUUAGCGCUUGACGCAGUCUAGCACCGCAUAUUUACUAUUUGGAAAACACGGAAAAGUGACUUCUCCCACUUGAGAAGGAAAUAAGAGGCAUGUCUCAUUUUUCAAUUUUGGAGAAUAUACAGACAAAUUUAUUUUUCUAGGUGCAAUGGGUUUUGCUACAAACUGUGGAAGGACAGUCACCAUUUAGUUUCUGGGUGUGGGGUGGAAGAAGAGACAGCUCAUUGAUAAGCAGAUGCACCAAAACGGGUCUGGUGCAUUAUCACAACUGGUCAUGGUGUGAAUGACCGUGCAACAUGCGUUUCUUUGAAUCCAUUUUAGAAGUUCUCAAAACUCUUUUGGCGUUCAUAUAAAAAGGACAGGUGCAACCUCUGAUUGGUGCUAACUUAAAAUGGAGAAAGGAUUUAAGACAACUGUAAUGUGCACAAAAAACUUGGUGCGCAAUUGCAUCUGAAUCCAUGUUUUAUGGUUCUGUCUACAAUUCUUUUGUCAUGUGGACCUUUAAAGGUCAGUGCAAUUUUUGAAGGAUUCAAAGCUGCGCGAAGAAAUUUGCACUGUUAACAAUGGCAAUCACUCGAAGAACCAGAAGAGCUUACAAAGCUAUGAAAGCUAUUGGAAUAUCCAGAGAAAGGGUGAAACCUGUACUGAAUAAUCUUUUGAAAAUAUAUAAGAAUAACUGGAGAUACAUUGAAGAAGAGAAUUAUAGAGCCCUUGCUGAUGCGGUCUUUGAGAGUGCGGAACCAAAGCAAGGAGCUUUGGAAGGAGAAAUCUUACCCAAGGACCUUGAGCAACCACAUAAGAGACUGUGGUCACAAUAUCAAGGAGAUCAGCCAUCUUCUUGUUACAACCCUAGCUCCACCUUGGCUGAAGCAUCCCAAAAAAAUGGUAAAGUGAAGGAUGAUGCUGUGUCUAUUGAUUGUUGCACCAAUGAGUCCCCCGACAUGAUGGGUUCUCUCCAGUCCAGUCAUGUAGAGAUGGCUGUCGGAACAUCUUCUCACUCAUUACAGAUGCAUGAUAAAAACAAAGGAAAGGAACCCAUUUCACCAGAAUCUUUGGUGAUGCUAAAUAAAUCUGUUUCGACUCAGCCUGCUAGCCUUGAGAAAGCCUCCUUUAAUUCCUUGAAGAAGGCUGGACGAGAGUCUAGCUCUCAUCCAAUGCGACUUAGAAGUAAACAGAGAGAACCUCAAGAUCUUAAAUCUGCAUCCCGGAAAAAGAAGUCUAGGCUAAACCUUAAAGACACAAAGAAUCAAACUUGUCCUGUUCAAUCUGCUCAACAGAAUAAUUUUGGUGCUCAUGUUUCUAGAGAGAAUAAGGAUGUUACAUUAAUUGAUGAUAUGCCUGACUUCAAGGUUCCCAUUGCUGUUUUCCCUCUUGAGUCAUCAGAUGAUGACGGUGUUCAAUGUGGAAAUGGACAUGUAGGUUCCAAUGGGACCAAGGAUGAAAUUAUCUGUAUUGCAUCAUCAUCCAGUGAUAUGAAAACCAAUCAGAAGCUGGUACAGCAACUUUCUCCUCACAGUGAUGGUGCAAACAACGAAUCAAGAUCUAAAGAAGAUGCAUCUCAGAAUAACCACUGUAUAGCUGCUGAAAGUGGUCAUAGUGUGAGUGAACAUUUGAAUUCUCCAAGUCCAGAGGCUGUUGAAUCAUUCCAGCUAUCUCCGGAUAAUACCAGCACUCUAUAUAAGGUCAUUGACAUUACCAAGAAGCAAGAAAGAAUCACAAUUUCAUUAGUCAAUGAAGUUAAUAGCAAACGCCCACCGUCUUUCCACUACAUUUCUGAAAGUACAGUAUUCCGGAAUGCACAUAUAAACAUUUCUCUGGAUCGUAUCGGGGACGAUCAUAGCUGUUCGACUUGUUCUGGUGACUGUUUGUCAUUGACCAUACCAUGUGCUUGUUCAUACGAAACUGGGGGUGAGUUUGCAUACACAAGGGAAGGUGUCGUGAAAGAGCAGUUUCUGAAAGAGUGUAUUUCUAUGAACCGUGACCCAGAAAAACACUGUCAGUACUAUUGCACUGUGUGCCCACAUGAAAGAUCUAAAAGCACUGUAGAUCCUUGCAAAGGUCAUCUUGUGAGGAAUUUCAUCAAAGAGUGCUGGAGAAAGUGUGGAUGUGAUAUGCAUUGUGGCAAUCGCGUAGUACAACGAGGAAUUACUCGAAUGUUACAGGUGUUUAUGACUCCUGGAGGGAAAGGAUGGGGCCUGCGUACUCUAGAGGACCUGCCAAAAGGUGCAUUUGUUUGUGAAUAUGUGGGAGAAGUUCUUACAAAUUCUGAACUAUUUGAUCGUAUUUCGCGGAGCUCUGGUAAGGAGAAACACUUUUAUCCUGUGCUGCUUGAUGCUGAUUGGGCAGCAGAAGGUGUGUUGAAGGAUGAAGAAGCUUUGUGUUUGGAUGCUACUUACUAUGGGAAUGUGGCAAGGUUUAUAAACCACAGAUGUUUUGAUUCAAAUUUGGUUGAGAUACCAGUUGAGAUAGAGACUCCGGAUCACCAUUACUACCAUCUUGCCUUUUUCACUACAAGAGAAGUGAAAGCCAGGGAAGAGCUGACAUGGGACUAUGGAAUUGAUUUUGGCGAUCACAAGCAUCCAAUCAAAGCUUUUAAAUGCCAGUGUGGGAGUACUCUCUGCAGAAACAUCAAGCGUCUCAGGCCCAAAAGGGUUAGGAGAUGGACCAAACCACCAAGGAAAUGAAAAUGCAUUGAUGAUGAUCCACAUCGCUCUUGAAUACGGUGAAGAUGUUGGAACCAUCUACAGUUGUGUCAUGCAUCUUUGCUGUGGGCUAUUAAUGAUUCGCUCUUUUUUCUUGGCGCUGAUACAUUGCAAUUUUUUAGUGUUGUAGCACCCCCUGUAUUUUAAUAAUCAAUUCAUCCUAACCCCGGAUUUUAUGAAUAGAAAUGUUGUUGAGAGUUUUAGUGCCCAUAGGAUUUAGGGAUGUUGUCCACUAGUCAUAUAUAUCUAUAUAUAAUAUACAAAAACGCAAUAGUUUUCAACCAUUUGGGCGGGAACUAGCAGCGGCUAUGGCCUAAAUUUGUUUAAUAAAUUUACUAAUAAAUUGAUUCAUUAAUUGUGAUAUGAUUAAAAAGCACAUUAAAUGAUGUUCCUAAUACAAUGUUCGGUCUUCUCCAU